CUCAAUCUCUCCGUCUCACUGGGAUGGACUUAGACUGGUGGAUGGGGUUCAGGACUUGAGGCUUUGCUGUUGGUCCUUAUAGUCAAGAACUGAAACCUGGAGGUGGCCUGGGUUUGGAUUUGGAGUGGAAGGAAAGGCCUUUAUGGGGCUCACAGGAUAAAAAGCUGAAGCCAAUCUGGAAGUUAUCAUUAGUGGGAAGUUUGGAGCCUGGAACACUGGAAGUCAAAGAUUUGUUAUUUAAUUUAUUGAGAGACGUUUAAAGCUGGAACAGCUUGGAGUGAAGAGCCUGGUGGAUAUUAUAUUUCAGGAAAAACUGUAAUGACGGGGCCUGUAGGGAGUGCCUUAUUAGGACGGAAACGUUUAGCCUUUCCAUCAUGGUUUUAUCAAGACAACUUACUUUUCUAACAAAAGGUGCUUAGUGCCAAUAGCAUGCCUAAGCAAGUGGAGGUACGAAUGCAUGAGAGCCACCUGGAGCCCAUCGAGGCCACACCACGCUCCAAAUGUGCGCUCAUCUGCCAGAAGAUGCGCAAGAACCUGCUCCUCACACUCACUGUUAUGGGUGUGAUAUUGGGAGCUGUAUCUGGUAUGCUUCUGCGUGUGGCCUCUCCUAUCGAUGACAACAUUGUCAUGGUAAUUGCAUUCCCUGGAGACAUUCUAAUGAGGAUGCUAAAAAUGCUUAUCCUUCCCCUCAUCAUCUCCAGUUUAAUCACAGGUCUUGCAGGUCUGGAUGCCAAGUCUAGUGGCCGUCUGGGUACCAGAGCAAUGAUUUAUUACAUGACCACCACUAUAAUUGCUGCCGUGCUGGGAGUAAUACUGGUGCUGAUCAUCCAUCCUGGCAACCCCAAACUAAAGGAGGGACUUGGCGAGGGACUCAAGAAUGAUGAAGUCUCAAGUCUUGAUGCCUUUUUUGAUCUUAUUAGGAACCUCUUCCCUGAGAACUUGGUGCAAGCUUGCUUCCAGCAGAUCCAGACUGUUGUGAAGAAGGUUGAGAUUGAGCCAGAAUAUGAUGACACUAACAGUACGAUGGAGGACUUCCUUUCGGGUGCCACUAAGCCUCCUCCCAUAUUCAAGGAAAAGAAGUCCCUACAGUUUAAGAGUGGAAUGAAUGUUUUGGGUUUGAUUGGAUUCUUUAUUGCCUUUGGUAUCUGCAUGGGAAAGAUGGGCGAGAGAGCAAGGCUUAUGAUUGAAUUCUUUAACAUCCUGAAUGAGAUUGUGAUGAGGCUGGUCAUCAUGAUCAUGUGGUAUUCUCCCUUCGGUAUUGCCUGCUUGAUCUGUGGCAAGAUUAUCUCCAUCAAGGAUUUGGAAGUCGUGGCCCGACAGCUGGGGAUGUACAUGGUCACAGUCAUCAUUGGCCUCAUCAUUCAUGGUGCCAUUUUCCUACCAUGCAUUUACUUUGCCAUUGUGCGAAAAAAUCCCUUCAGCUUCUUCAUGGGCAUCUUCCAAGCCUGGAUCACUGCCCUGGGAACAGCUUCAAGUGCUGGCACACUUCCUGUCACUUUCCGCUGUCUAGAGGAGAACCUGGGCAUUGACAAAAGAGUAACCCGCUUCGUGCUGCCUGUCGGUGCAACAAUCAAUAUGGAUGGCACUGCUCUUUAUGAGGCAGUAGCUGCUAUCUUCAUUGCUCAGAUGAACGGUGUUGUCCUGGACCCUGGCCAGAUUGUCACAGUCAGUCUUACAGCUACACUGGCCAGUGUUGGAGCAGCCAGUAUUCCCAGUGCAGGUCUGGUCACUAUGCUGCUCAUUCUGACAGCAGUAGGUCUGCCGACUCAGGAUAUCAGUCUUCUGGUUGCUGUUGACUGGCUUCUGGAUCGGUUCCGUACCUCUGUCAAUGUGGUGGGUGACUCAUACGGUGCUGGGAUCGUGUAUCACCUGUCGAAAGCUGAGCUGGAUGCCCUGGAUGCUCAGCAUGGGAAGUCUGAUGACAUAGAGAUGACCAAGACACAGUCCUAUUAUGAUGACCUCAAGAACCAUCAUGAAAACAACUCCAACCAGUGCGUCAAUGCUGCUCCGAAUUCAGUCGUAGUAGAUGAGUGCAAGGUAACCUCGGCGGCCACAAAUGGCUCGACUACGGAGUAUGCACUCAUUGAAGAGGAACCGCGAAAGAGUGAUUAAUGCGAGCACACAGAUCCUCCUGUAUUCAAGUCCCCAAGCUUUUUAUCUACUGAACAAAGAGAGGAAUAAAAAGACCUGCUGAAAUCAUGCAAACAGAACAAAUGAUGGGUUUUGUAGUUUAGGUGUUUAUGAUUCCCCCAAUACAGUUCAUUUUAUCUGAAAUAACCUAUACUAAUGUAAAAAGGGAUUACAAUCACACUGUCUGAUAGUGCACUUACAUGUGCCUACUGUAUGAACUAACACUUGCACAGAAAGCAAGGGUUGGCUGGGAAAACGGAGAAAUAAUAUAUUGUAUACCUUGAAGUAUUUCUGAUAUUAAUAUAUACUGUACCAUAUGCAUUCUGUGUCUCUCAAAAACUGGUAUUAUGUGAAUGUUUGAAUGGUGUUAAUGACUCUCAGAACGUAGGGAGAGAGUACGCAGAAAAACCCAUCAGUUUGCUUUGAGUUAAACAAGCCAGUGCAGUGCCAAUGCCUUCCUGUUCUUUUACAGCAAUAGUCAUUUACCCCUGGAUAACCUCACUCCAUGACCUCUGACCCAUUGGGCACAAUCUGUUAGUGCCUUUACUAUCCAAGUGUGUCUGAGAUCCCCAGUCAUCUGCAGGCAGAUCUGGGCUUGUGUAACAACACCAUAUCAAAAAAAGAAAAAAAUAAUCACCUUGACAUUAAAAUCCAUUCAAAUGGUGUAGCAUAUAUGUAUACUGACCAGGGGAUAGUGUUAAUUCCCCCUACUGUACUGAAAGAAAUUGGUACAAGCAGUAAGAUGGUUUACAAAUGCUAAAAUUGUAAUAUCUAUACCAUAAAAUUAAGCUUGAGGUUAGCUGAAUCAUUUGCAUUUAUCAUCUCUUGGCCCCCUGUCAGGUUUGACUGAGGGAGUUAUGAGGUUCUCUUUUAUUAUAGCAACUCUUCUGUCGAAUCGGUGUACACUCUCUCAAAUGCCAGACUUCCAUAAAAAAAUUUCAUUUUUAGCCAGCAUCACGGAACGAAUUUGAAUAAGAGCCCUGGUGAUACAAGAAAAUGAGAAUAACUGUAGAGGUCACUGCACACCCAUGAAGAAAUCAAAAGCACAAGCCAUGAGACUGAAUGCUUCUGCUUCGGGACCUUUAAACCUCUCUUUCCCUUUUUUCUCCUUAAUUUUUCAUGAGAGAACUAAUGUGAGAAAGUGGGAUUGGGGCCAAUAAGAACAUAAGCAAACGGACCAAACAAGCAACAGCCCAUAGUAUCAGCGACAUUCCCUAAAACUGAUGUGAAUAAUAAACAAUCUACCUUUAACCUAAAAGCACACACUGCCUUUUAUAGACAGCAUUAGAGCCUGACUACUGAUAUUUAGCACAGCAUUCAAAAAUAAAUAAAUAAAGCAGUUUUAUUGCUAUUUUAAGGUAUAUUUAAAAAAAAAUGAAAUGCAUGUGUUAGAAUGUUAUUCACAGUUACGUUUGUCUUGAUCGGUGGAAAUAUUAAGUAUCUGAAAAUAAAACUUUUGCGCCCCAAAAAGGAAAUGAUAAAUACGUACUCUAAAUGAGUGAAUGCAUAGCACAAGUCUUCAAAUUCUCUUCCACUCUCCUUUCUUUCUCCUCCUAUUUACAGAUUGUAGAACGUUAGAUACUCAGGCAAAUAAAGAUGCACUCAGUGUUAUCAGGGAAGACAUGUUCCUAAUGCAGCCAGACGAAAUAUUUUAUACUAAGCCCUCUGAACAUGCUGGAGAGUGAUUACUGUUUACAAUUUACACAGUGGGUUUACAGCUUGCCAACUGCCUAUUGCCUUUAUAUUAUAAAAGCUUGCACUGUAUGUAUCAGCUUCUAUCACACUUACUGUCUAUGAUUUUUCUAUUAAGCAAGUACACCCCCAACUCCCCUCAAAAAAUGGGAAUAUAUUUAAAGUAACCUCAUUCGAAAAGCACAUUUUAAGGAACAAUGUUAUGGCUUACAUUCCAAUUCGCAUUACCUUGACAUGUUUCCUUUUUUUAAAAGCACACUAAACAAUCAGCAAUUUUGAAUGAGAAAAAGAGAAAUGCAAGACAACAAUGUUAAAUAAAAGUCAAAGAGAGCAGGAAGAGUGCAAAAGUUUAUGAGUGAACACUACCAGUUAGAGCAUCUCAGUACAAUAGAGUUGUGUACUAGUGGUACCCACUGCUCUUCCUAACUUCCUUAGAUGUCUCUGUCCUUUAACACUCGCUCCAUAAAAUAUUUCCCCUCUUCAAAACAUGACUAUGACUGUUGUGGCAGACCCACCAUGCUGCAAUACCUACCUACAAUGACAGUACAAACCUCAAGAAUUAUAAUAACUGAUACCAGAGUAUUACCAAUUAACCAAAUUAUGAAUGAAAGUGCACAAAACAUAUACAUAGGCAUGAUUUUUUAUUUUUUUUUUUAAUGAAUGGUUGUGAUAAAUUCGCUUAGUAACCUCUUUUAAAAUCUGCCUUGCCUCUAAAACCAUUAACCACUAUCUAUUGCGUGGAUAUGCUGUAUGAUUUUUUAUUUUAUUUUUUUUUUAAAUAAAGCUUAACACUUCUAUGUUUGUAGCUGUCUAGCUGUUUCAAUAGAGAACCACAUUGUGAGGAGCGCUAUCUCAUAGCAAAACGCACGGCCCAUUGAGUUCUGUGCCAAGAGAAUCAUCACUGCAUAUCGCAACCUUAAUGCAUAUAUCAAACACUACCACCUAUGAGGAGAUGUUGAUUUGAUGAUGUCCUUGUACAUAAGGACUGUCCUCAGCUCACAGAAGUGUGGACGUUUCAUUUUCUUUCUUUCUUUUUUUUUGUUGGAACCAUUUACUUCAAAGCAUGUUGUGAAAGUGCCUCCAUGCACUUUGUGUACAUAUUGUAGGUAAUGAAUUUGUUAUUUUUAAUGUAGUGUUUAAUUGUGUGACAUUUUUAUAAUCCUAUAGAAGUGUACCUUCUAUGUCAUGGAGAAAAUGAAUUAGAUUAGACAACAUAUAAAAUUGUGUGUAAUAUAUUGCUUGUUCCUAAGCUUAAAUAGCUGUAUGUAGCUAUCUCACAUAAAUGUUCUAUAUCCAAUAUAUAUCAUUUUUGUAUCUAAUGUAAGUUUUGAAUGUUUGUUCCCUGCAGGAAAAGUCAUAUGUGCAUUCAAUUUCAUUGUACAUAAUUAUAAAUAUAUAUGAUUUACUAUAUAAUAUACACGGUAUAUUAUGGUCUGCCAUUAGAAAAUCUUACUGGAAGGCAAGAAAAGCAAAUCUGACUAUAAGGAUGUGUUUGUUCUUGGCCUGACCUGUAUGUGAAUAUCUAUAAAAGCAUCUAAUGAGUUUUUGGCAUCUCAGCUAGGAUGCAAAAAGUAAUUUCUAAUCACAAGUAGUAUUGGUGAUCAAGUUUAAAGCUCCAAAAUUAGCUAAAUGCUUCUUUACAAGCUAGUGGCGUGAUUCUUAUCACGUCCUAUGCUCCUGUGUGAUUUCUGUUGGAUUGUCCAAUAGAGAUGUUACUUGUAAUUAUGGUGCAAGUCCAGUGGUCUUUGUUCACUUUCUGAAAUAAAGAAAAAUAGUCAGUCCCCAAUCAUCCUCUUAUACAGGCAUUUACUGUUUAUAAUCCCUUUCCAUUUCCUCUAAUCCUCUAAUAUUCUUUACUUUUAUUAUUCUAUAUCAAUUUGUCAAGUACAAACUUGCAAACCCCAAGGCAAACUGGUCCCUUGUUCUUCUUACAAUUGGAUAGGUCAAGAAAAUAUACUCAAACUCUAUCCUACAGACCACUAGGUACCACAGAAUUAUUGCUCUUAUGUCAUCCUACAUGCAUAAUUGAUGUUUUAAUUAAAAACUCUAAAUGAUUUGAUAUAACCUCUCUCACCCUUCACCUCUGGGACCAUCUGUUCUGUUUCUAAAUUCCUCUCGUUCUUUUUAUGUAUCUUUUCUCUUUUUUUUUUUGCAUUUCUUUUGAGGAAGGAUAAAAAAUGAGCAAAGAAAUGUACCCAUGGAAUAAAAGUAUGUUCGUACAUAUCAAUAUGUGUUGUACCAUUGGUGUACAUACAAUUAUUAUAACUAAUAAAUGUUGAUUCAUAACUAA